GCUCCUCGGGGGCUCCAGGACAAGGGAAAAGACCGGCUGGGAUCUCCUGAGCCUACGGGACCGCGUGGUGUGGAUAAACCCGAGGAGCCGCUGGGACUAAGGAUGGACGAGCUGUGUGGGUCCCGGUUCUGGUCGUUGCUCGUGGCCCUAGUGCUGAGCUUUGUCCUGCACAUAAUCUUCCUGCUCUGCUGGUUGGGCUUGCCCAGCCAUUUCUGGGCCUUCUGCGCCCAGCAGUGCUCGGCCUCGCAAGUCCGAGCCCAGCAAAGCCAGGCUCAGGAGAGCCGCGCUCGGCUGAGCGAUGCUGAGCAAGGCCACGCCCUGAAAGAUGACGCCCAGCAAAGCCAGGCUCAGCAAAGCCGGGCUCGGCAGUACGGCGCCAAGCAAAGCAAAGAGGAGCAGCUCGCCCGGGAGAGACGGACCCUGGAAAGCCUCACCCGGCAGAGCCUCGCUAUUCAGAUGCUCUCCCUGAAGAUGCACGCUGAGCAAAGCCAGGCUCAGCAGAGCCACGCUCCGGAGAACGGCGCUCAGCGGUGGGGGGCUCAGCAAAGCUGCGCCCAGUGGAGCCUCGCUCAGCGGUGCGGCACCCUGCAAAAACGAGCCCAGCAGAGCCAGGCUCAGCAGAGCCAGGCUCAGGAGAACGGCGCUCAGCGGUGGGGCACCCAGCAAAGCCUCACCCAGCAGAGCCUUGCCCUGCAAAGCGACACCCAGCAGAGCCUCGUCCAGCAGAGCCACGCUGAGCAAAGCCAGGCCCAGCAGAGCGGUGCUCAGCAGUGGGCUGCUCAGCAAACCCAGGCUGAGCAGAGCCUUGCCCCGCAAAGCCUCGCUCAGCAAAGCCAAUCUCAGCAGAAAGGCAGUGAGCAAAGCCAGGCUCAGCAAAGCCACACUGAGCAAAGCCAGGCUCAGCACUGCAGCACCAGACCCUAGACCCACCUAAGACGCACCUGAGAAGGUCCAAGUUCUGGUCCAGCCCGUUUGAAUUGACAUUUACUGUGGUUUGAGCAAACUUUGGGGUUUUCCUUGUUUCCUUCCUUCUCAUUUUCCAUCAUUUUGAGGUGUUGCCCAUUAUUUCAGGGUCCUCAUAAUUUUUGGAGGAUCUCCCAUCAUUCUGGGGGCUCCCCAUCAUUUUCGGGGGUCCUUGUGAUUUUUGGGGUGUUUUCUGUCAUUCUGAGGUGCUUCCCCAUAAUUUUGAGAUCCCUUCAUAAUUUUAGGGAGUUCCUAGUCAUUUUGGGGUGUUUUCUGUCAUUUUGGGGGGCUCCUUGUAAUUUUGGGUUGCUCUUAUGAUUUUGGGGGUUUGCCAUCAUUUUGGGGUGUCCUCAUAAUUUUAGGAGGUGGUCCCUCUGAUUUUUGGGGGGUUCCCCAUCAUUUUGGGGGCCCUUCAUCAUUCUGGGGGUGGUCCCUGUAAUUUUUGGGAUUCCUUCCCCAUUUAAGUGUUUCCCCAUCAUUUUUGGGUCCUCUCAUCAUUUGAGGGGGGCUCUCCAUCAUUUUGGGAUGAUCUCAUCAUUUUGGGUGGAUUCUCCAUCAUUUUGGAGGUUUAAUUUUUUGAGUGUUCCCAGACAUUUUGAGGGAUUCCUGAUAAUUCUGGGGUCUUCUCGUCGUUUUGGGGGAUUCCCCUCAUCAUUUUGGGGUUUCCCCAUCAAUUUGGGGUCCCUUCAUCAUUUUGAGGUGGUCCUUGUAAUUUUUGGGAUUCCCUCAUCGUUUUAGGGGUUCCCCAUUAUUUUUGUAUUCUCUCAUCAUUUUUAGGGGCUCCUCAUCAUUUUGGGGGGUUCCCCUCAUUUUGGGAGUGUACUUGUAAUUUUUGGUGCAUUCCCAGUCAUUUUGAGGGUUUCCCUUCCCAAUAAUUUCAGGGUCUUCUCAUCGUUUUGGGGGAUUCCCAUCAUUUUAGAGUCCCUUCAUCAUUUUAGGGGUUCCUCGUCAUUUUGGGGUCCCUUCACCGUUUUGGGGGGGUCUGACCACCAGAAAAAUGUCUUUGACCACCCAAAAAUUGACUUUGAACACCCAGUAAUUGAGGUUGCCUUCCCUCAAAAACGGGAGGUAACAGCACAAAACCCCCUGAAAAUUCACUGGGAUUUUGUGUGAAAAAUAGGGAAAAGCUGCAAAGCAUUUAAUUUUUCGACAUAUUAAAAAAAUAAUGUGUUUAUCAAUAUUAA